AUAGCCUGCAGCUGCCAGAAGAGGUGCUGGAAGGAGCUUUUUCCCUGCAGCCCACAUCUCGGUAACAGAUGUGAAGUGCAGUUCUCGCAAGACAGAAGGGGGGUUAUUUUUGUGUUAAAUUAAAUCUUGGCAAGAAUUAGUAAAGGCAGCCAGGAGAGGUAAUGCUGAAUGCGGUUGAGGUUAAGACUUGCACAGAUGUUGUGCAUGGUUUAUGAGUGGAGAGCAGACUUGUCUAGAAGUUAGCAUGUGCCAGAACUUAUUUGUGGGCAAUUCUUCUGUCAGAGGUAAGUAUGCGGCUUCUUUGCUGAUCUGAUUGUAAGACAUGAACGUAACAAGUCAGAAGUGUCAAAGUAGGUUUCCUUCUCCCUUUGACUUGCUUUUUUGCUUAAGUUAAAUCAUCUGAGAACUUUCAGUCUGGGACACCAUUUGCUCACCCCCGUCCAUGACGCACACAGUUGGUGAUGGCUGCUCCUUGCACGCACCUAGCAUCAACAAACAUGCUUUAGCUUUCAAAAGAUGGGGAAAAAAAGGCAUAGGAGAGCAGUAUGACCCUGCUGAGCACGUGCUGUUGGGUGGUUUGAGACAGCACACUUUUGCAGCCUUACCUUUGAUUGCCAUAAACAUCACUGCUGAUAAUUAAAAAUCUAGAUUAACACUAUCUCCCCCAACCCCUGACUCUUAGAGAGGCCAGACAGGCCAGGCAGCAGCCAAGAGACGCGAGCCUGAGGGAAACAGAGGGCGCUGUGAGCCCCGCUCCCCACCAGUAAAUCCGCCCUGGGGCCGAGCACCAGACUCCGCCCCGCCGCGCGCACUGCGAGCAGGCCGGCAGCGCCUCGCCCAGCGCCUUUAAGCGGAGCUCCGCCUGCUUGCCGCGCCACGCCGGGCGGGGCCUGCUCCUGGCGCGGAGGCUAGCCGGCCCAGCCGGAAUCCCGGGCGGCCGCGGGAGCGGCGUGGCCCUGCGCUGCAGGGUGGCGGGCAGGAGGGGAGUCGGCGCGGCGCGGCGCGGCGCGGCGCGUUGCAUUGCGGGCGCCGUUGGUGUCGCCAUGGGAGCGGAGCAGAGCGCGGAGGCCGAGAGCCGCCCGGGCGAGACCAGCGCCUCAGCAUCUCCAUCCCCAGCUAAACAUCGAGCAAAAAUGGAUGACAUUGUGGUGGUAGCCCCAGGAACACAGUCUUCACGGAACGUGAGCAAUGAUCCAGAUGUCAUAAAACUGCAGGAAAUUCCAACGUUCCAGCCCCUUUUAAAAGGACUCCUCAGUGGACAGACGUCUCCAACCAACACCAAGCUGGAGAAGCUGGAUCCACAUCAAGUGCUGCAGCUGUGUCUCCGAUACCAGGACCAUCUUCACCAAUGCGCAGAGGCUGUUGCCUUUGACCAGAAUGCUUUGGUGAAGCGCAUCAAAGAGAUGGACCUCUCAGUGGAAACUCUUUACAGCUUCAUGCAGGAGCGACAGAAGAAGUACGCCAAGUAUGCUGAGCAGAUCCAGAAGGUCAACGAGAUGUCUGCCAUCCUCCGCCGUAUUCAGAUGGGCAUUGACCAGACUGUCCCGCUGAUGGAGAGGUUGAACAGCAUGCUGCCUGAGAGUGAGCAGCUGGAGCCCUUCAGCAUGAAACCUGACCGGGAGAUAAAGUCCUAGCUGCUCCAGCUCCCUCCACCUCCUGCACCCCAGUGCUUGGCACAGGUGUGCUUCCGGACUGGCCGAUGUUGGGAGUGGACAGCCGUGUUGUCUGACUUUCUGUUAGGGCACCAGAGGAGGAACAGCCCCAGCUGCCGGGGCUGUGCAGCCAGGAAUCCAGGAGCUCCCCUGGCCUCAUUGUUUGGAGAGGAACACUUAACUGUGCUUUCAUCUCCUUCCACCUGCCCUGCUCUCUCCUCUUCCACUGCCACCACCUGUGCUGAGACAUUUGUUUCAUUGCUGUAACUAGAUGUGGGUUUCAGAGGAGUUCUUUCAUCCGUUCUUUUUACUAGAAGAAUUCAAUGGGAUAUGGGGUAUGACAAACCCUCUAAUAUGCUUUCUGUGCUCUUGGGUUUAGAGAAUUAGAUGACUGGCAAGUAUUUUUGAGAUCCUCUGCACUUGGAAAUAUGUAUGCUUCAUAGGUGAAAGUGUGAGAGCCAGGAACUGGCUUAUUAAAAUCUGCCUAGUAUCAUAAUUAACACAGUUUGCGUGGCAGGGUUUUGGCAUGUCCUUUCUUGAGGCUCUUUGUUUUUAUGGGCUCACUCAUUUAAUGAGGCUGUGAAGGAAUAACUGUUACAGAUAUGUCUGUUAUUGCUGAGCAGCCUUAAUGUUCCUCUCCCUUUGCCCUGGCAGCGUCUUGUGCCCUAGUUGAUGGCUGUUCACGUCCCUUACUUUGCACUGUGAUUCUAACAGAUGCUGGUACUUGCCUGUUUACUUGGCACCCCAAAGUUGGAUGCAAGGGAUCGGAUCUUGUGUAUUUUUUUAUUUAUUGGGAUACACCAGUUAUCUUGGUGCUCUUUUAUACCAGAGGGAUGCAGUUGGAGGGGAGACUUGAAAAGUCCUUCAGACUCCGUGCUGGCUGAACUGCCAUCAUGCUGAGAGCUUGCCUGAGCGUGGUGUUUUAUGACUAAAACCACACGGCCCUUUGGGAUCAUGCUCCACAAACUGCUCCAAAGGCAACAGGAUGUUCCUGCGUUCCUGUGAACUGAGCCCCAGCUGGACAGUCGGCAGGCUGCUCAUGGGGCCGAGGCACUGCUCUGGGACUUGGGGGACUGCUGACUGCCAAGUCUGCUACUGGGCUGCUGCCACAGGCUUUGGUUUCUCCCCAUAUAAAAUGGGAUAUUUUACACACUGUUGUGAAAUAUUUACACAUCUAGAAAUGGUGUUCGAGCAGCCUGCACUGCAGUUGCACAGCAGCUCUUAUCCCAGCAGAAAGAGCAUGAAAGCAGAAGCAAGGAGCCUCGGGCUUGCUGGGCCAGUGGUAGGUUUGUGCUCAUUACAGACCUCCCAGUAUGCUGUUGCUGGUGAGGAGGCUGAACUUGAAUGGCAGUCAUUUCAGAGGUGGUCAUUCCAGACUUUGAAGGAAUCCCUGCCACAACCCGUCUGUCAGUACAGGCUUUGGGACUUCCUGGAAUAGCUCUUAGCGUAUGAGUGUACCUAAUCAGCAAAAGAUUGUCUCUAGACAUUUGAGUGUGACAGCAUCAUAGGUUUCUGAUAGCGUAAAUGGCUCCUGGAGGCAGGGAGCAACAGGCUGUUAGUUUUGCUUCACUACCAGAGGCCACAUAGCCCAGAGUGACUUUUUGUAAUGCAUGCUGCAGCCAGCGCAGUUCUGUGUUUGAAACAUGAUUGUGGGGCCUGCUGAGCAUUGCUGAGAAUGGAGUACCAUAGCUGUGAGGCCCUCUGGAUGGUGCCCAGUGAAGAGCAGUUGGCAAAGAUGUGAACAGAACAUUUUCUGGGAAGGGCAGCACAGAGUCCAUAUCUUUACUGCUCUCACUGUGGAGUUGGUACAUAGUUGUAUAUUGGCACAUACAACAAUGUGAAGAGCAGACUCCCACCUAUGCUCUUGUGUUUUGCAAUAUUUUACACUUGGUUUGUUUAAAAAAAAGAAAGUUGAUGCUUACAGGAGACUGAGCAACCUGUGACAACCUGCUUCCCGUGGUCAUGCCAAGAAUAUCCUUACCAUCCUUCCUGGAGACAUUCUCUGCCUCUUGCCACCAGACAUGGUUCAGUAGUCAGUAACUUGAAAUAGGUGUGCAGGCAGUUUGUCCUCCUCGUCCAGACCAAGCUGCUUGGAAGCGCAUGAAGUGUAGCAUUCAGCUGCUGUCUCCAACCAGUGUGAGGGUCCCCAUGCCCUGGAACACAGGCAUCUUAGGCCUGGAAUCGAUCUAGAUACCAGAUCUGCCAGCAGGGGCAAGGUUGUAGAUGCUCACUCAUGUAAAGCUUUGGACAUUUUCCUUACACUGUUAUGCAUCAGAUGAAAGUGUUGCUUCUUGCAGUGCUGAUGCAGAUGAGAAAAUAGUGCUCCUGUCCGGAACGUGCAGGAGCAGGGGCUGCAAAUCAGUUUCUUAUUUGCCUAGCUAUUGGGCUGAUAAUGGGAGAACAUGUAUAUUCCUAUGCGCUUACUGCCUUUUAAGCUUCUGGGUACACUGCUGGGCCUCCCAGCUAGUGACUCCUGAACAGCAAGGGUAAGUUGUAAUACAUAUUAUAACUUAACUAGAGGAAAUCAGGAUUGAAAUGUCAGCCUCUUCCAAAGAACACAGUUCCAUCACUUCCAUUCAACAGAUCUCAUACAUGUCCUGCAAAAUUCCUGUAUCCUCUAACUGUUCUUAAGGGAUGGCUAACAGUUCUAUUUAAAACAUCAUCAGUAGCUUUAUCACCCAUAAUUCUUAGACCUCUUGCUGAAGGGAAGCCCUUUUCUGCUGCAUGUUGCUGUUGUUUGGCUGUCCCGUGCUUUGCUCCAUGUGCUGCUUUUGAAUUCACCUUAGGUGUGGGUGAUGCUCAAGGUGAGACUUUGCUUUACUCUCUCACUCCGUGUGGCAGGGAUGUGAGAUGUGACUAGAGUUACUGUUCUGCCUACACGUUUCCUUUCCCAAGCCAGUCAGUGAUGGAGAAAGCUCAGGUCUCUCUUGAAACUGUACUGCUACUUUUAACAUGAAGGACAGAUCGUUAGUGUUAUGAACAGAAUUAUCUGUCGCAGUCCUCUGAGAAGAAGCAUUUCUUUCCAUUUCUGGUUGUGAUGUGAAAUGAAACUCAUGUGAGGCAGGUGCGGACAGAGCCUGCUGGUGUGAAACCUGAAAAGCUGGAGAGUGAAGUGAGGCCCUGGGCUGUGUUUCUUCAGGGGCUUGAGCUGCUCCAGUUCCUUUGCUGCCUUGUGUGCUUGUGGCACAAAAUGCUGGGGCACUGUACGGUACUGCACUGGAGGAAGAGGUUUCCUCUGUUACUGUUGUCUUUUCUAUAAUUUAAUGCAUUGUCAGGGUGCUAAAGUACCAACCCAUCUGCUGGUCAGUUUCUGUGAAAAUCCAGUGAAGGGGACAGAAAAUUUGUUGUUGUUGUUGUUGUUUUUUAAUAAAUGUAUUUUAAAUUAUAUAUUUAAAUAUAUUUAAAUAUUUAAAAGGUCCGUCCCCUCCUCUAGGUUUUUACACAAAGCGAGCAGAAAUAGGCACGUCCACAGACCCCUUGUCCUAUCGGCUGGCAUUCCACUGGUAUUGGUAUGGUAUCCACCUUCCCUCUGUAUCCUGUGCUGCCAGCGUGUGAUCUGACUGUGAGCCUUGUGCUCCAGUGCCCCUUGGUCUGUGCCUUACCAUCCUCUUCACUGACUUGCUCUGUAUACAGCUACGUGUGCUACAUGUUCCAGCUCCAACAUUAAAACGUUUGGUAUUGCUCUUU